UCGAUUUUAUCCUUGACGGCAUCACCUGCCAGCCAUCUUCUCUCUGUUUUCUUCCCAUCCCAUUCCACCACUCCAACCCAAAACCCUCACGCCACAACAUUCUAUCAUAAUUUAACAUCAAAUAAAAAUGCACGUGCUAUUCUUCUCUCUUUUCAGUUUUCACCUCAACAACAUUAAUUAACUAAUUAAUUAAAAAAAAUAAAAAAUAAUAUUCCCUUCUCUUUUCCUCAUCGUCUAGGGUUCCCAAAUCAGAAACAACCCCAGUUUUUCAUUCUCUCUGAACCGGAACGGAAUGGAAGCUUUUCUGUCGGAUCCCGAACCGGUUCGGGUCAAGAGGAAAACUCUUCAAGCCGUCUUGGAACAGUGUCAGCGAGCCCUUGAACUCAUCAAUAACGCUUCCGAUCAAGACGACGGCGAUGUUUCUGAUUCUAAUGAUGAAAGUCUCCCUUCUACACCACCCGAUCCAGAAGCCGAUCAGUUGUGUGACUUGCUUAAAUCAAGACUUGAGUGCCCUGAUUUCCUUGAGAAGUUAGAGUGUGCACAGGCGUCGGUUUAUCAGAACACAGUUGAAGAAGGUAGUUCUUGGGAUUUGGUCAGUGAAAAUGAUCUUUGGGAAGGUGUUGACUCUGAUGAAGAAGAUUAUGUUCUUGUUAGACAAGAUGAUAUAGUGGAUGGAAUUGCUUGCUUUAUGGCUGCCUAUUUGUUGUCUCUUAAGAAAACCAAGGAUUUGACUCCAAAUCAACUCCAGGAUGCACUCAGCAAGACAUUUUCGGUGAAAAAGAAAAAGGGAAAGCUUCGAAAGGCCUGGGAUGGGAGCAAAGUUAUUUAUAAUGUUGCAUCAUGGGGGGCUACAGCCAUAGGGAUAUAUCAAAAUCCUGUUAUUCUAAGGGCUGCAACUAAAGCAUUCUGGACUUCUUGUCAAGUGAUAUCAAAGCUAAUCUGAGUUGGCAAUGCAGCUGGGAGGAACAUUGUGAUAUAGUAAUUUAACUGUUUACUUUGCUUUGCUUGCUGCUGCAAUUCAGUUUUAUGUACAGUUCAAUUUGUUUGCACUACAGAUCAAUUGAUCUUUAAUGUAGUUCGAUUCGAUUUGAUUUCGAUCUUGUAAAUAUCUCUAUUCAAAUGUUCCGAGUGCAAAUAAGAUUCACUAUUUCAAGCCCUGAAACAUAACCAAUGUACUUCGAUUUGAUUUGA